AAUAGAGAUCUUUGUCCCAAAACUUCCACACAAAAUUUAAAUGGCGGCGAAUUCUUAUUUCACUGGUGUGGAAACCAGCAUCUUUUGAUCCAAGAAAAAAGAGCAGUUUUGAAACGAAAAUGUUUGGCUGUCGAUAACUGAAAUGUUCCUCAGAAUCACUCAAAUAUAAAGAAUGAACAGGACUCCAAAUACAAAUGUGAAUAAACAAGGCAGUACCAUAAAUCAUCAUGGGUUAGGUCAACAAACAUCAUAUAAUCUUGGGAACCCAAGGUCAGCUGGACCUUAUGGAAUUGCAAGUCAGAUCACAGUAUGCAGUUCAAGCACUCCUGUUCAGACAGUUGCUAUCACUACCCAAAUCAGUAACAGUACUGCUUCAUUAAUAGGAACUCUAAGUUCUGUCAGUGGAUCUGCCACCAGUGCAUUUGAAGUUUCAACUCCAAAACCAUCAGACAUCAUGAAACCGGAAAAUAUCAAAAGCGAAAUGGAGGAGCAACCAAACUCACAAGUACUGCGAGAUAAAGUACUCCAGUACUAUCUUCAUACAGUAGAAGAUAUCAAACAUAACUUUAGAGAGAGACUUCAAGAAUUGUUUUUUAUUCAAAGUGGUGGUAAUAUGGUGGACUACCCAGCUUGGAAAGUUCGUCCAACUCCUCACCUCUUGUCUUUUAUGAAUGUAUAUAGAUUGGAUGAUGAUUCCAGCUGGACUGCCUCGAAUGCCACCAGCACUUUCUCACCAUUAGUAAAUGUGCAAACAACCUAUAGCACUGCCAGUUCUUCAUUGUCUAGUUCAAAGCCUUCAGAAAAUUCCAGUAGGAAUAACUAUGGGGUGUCAAAAUCGUCUGUAGAACAAUAUGGCUUUGUGCAAGGUAUGCAUGACCAUGGUAACAGACAUAAAAGUAUAAAACACGAACGAAAAACUCUUGAUAGUCACAAGUCACAUUCCCACAGAUCUGGAUCGAUGUCAGGAAACACACAGGAAGAUAUUGCUGGGCAAGUUAGACAUGAAUCUGAAACACUUCAUCGGAUAUCUCAAUUGCGGAAAACUGGCCUUUGGUCAGCUAGCAGAUUACCAAAAGUGUAUGAGCUUCCGCGUAAAAAAUGCCAAUGGGACUUUCUAUUGGAGGAAAUGCAAUGGCUUGCCACAGAUUUUGCCCAAGAAAAAAAAUGGAAAAGAAAUAUGGCAAAAAAGAUUUCCCGCUCUGUUUUAAAAUUUCAUCAAGAUCGCUUAAUGCAAGGAAAAAGAGUUAAGAAAGACGAAGUUAUUCGCAUGAAAAGAAUUGCAAGUGGUAUAGCAAAGGAAGUUAAACAAUUUUGGCAACAAAUUGAAAAGGUUGCAUGUUACAAGCAGCAAAGUCGUCAAGAAGAACAAAGAAGGAAAGCUCUUGAUCUGCAUUUGAAUUUCAUUGUGGACCAAACAGAAAAAUAUUCCUCAUGGCUGGUGGAAGGGAUGCGUGAAUCAACAGUUUCAUCACCACUUUCUUCAAAAAAUGUUUCAGAUGGUGAUGAUGAAUUUGAACCUGUAGAUUCUUCCCGUGUAGAAGAUGAUGAAGCUACAAUAUCAGAAGAAGAAGAGAAUGAGGACCAGGGAAAAUAUGAUGAUGAGUUGAAUGCUUUAAAAGAAGAUAGUGAAAUACCAAUUGAAGAUCUUAUUGACAAACUUCCAGAAGACAUGCUGACAAGGUUAACUGCUCCAAAGGAUGACUACUUUUCAUCUGAUGAUGAAAAUGAAUCUGGAUCAGAUAACAAUAAGGGAUCUGGUCAUGACUCUGAUGCUGCUAGUGUUGAAGAAUCUGAUAGUGAAGAUUAUGUUGCAGAUGAAGAAAUGGAAGAUGAUGAUGAAGGAACAAUAGAUGUUGAAGAGAGACAUAAUGAUGUUGAUCACCAAACAGAGCUGGACGACCUUCAAAAAGAGGGAGAAUUACCAAUCUCAGAACUUUUAAAAUUAUAUGGCAACCCAAAUAGUAACAUGGAGGCUAGUGGGAAUGACAGUGACAAUGAAGAAUCUGAUGUAAGCGACAAAGAAGAUGGGGAGAAGGCGAAAGAAGAUGAAAAAUCUGCAGAAAUAGACACCAAAAAGGAAAGGUCCCCCGGUGAGGCUGAAGAUGCAAAAGAAAACAAUACAAAUGCUCCUGAUGAUCAAUUGACCAGUGCAGCAGCAACAGCUGAGAGUCUUCAACCAAGAGGCUUUACUUUGUCAACAACACAGGUUAAAACAAAGGUACCAUUUUUACUACAACAUAAAUUGCGAGAAUAUCAGCAUAUUGGCUUGGACUGGUUAGUGACAAUGUUUAGUAAACAGCUUAAUGGUAUCUUAGCUGACGAAAUGGGGCUUGGUAAGACCAUACAAACUAUCGCAUUACUUGCACAUCUAGCUUGUGAAGAGGAAUGCUGGGGACCUCAUUUAAUUGUUGUACCAACAAGUGUAAUGUUAAACUGGGAGUUCGAGUUAAAAAAAUGGUGCCCUGGCUUUAAAAUAUUGACCUAUUUUGGAACACAGAAAGAGAGAAAGUUAAAGCGAGCGGGCUGGUCCAAACCUAAUGCCUUCCACGUCUGUAUCACAUCUUAUAAGCUGGUUAUACAAGACCAUCAAGCAUUUCGUCGAAGAAAGUGGAAGUACUUUAUCCUUGAUGAGGCUCAAAAUAUAAAGAAUUUUAAAUCUCAACGCUGGCAAAUGCUGCUAAAUUUCCACAGUCAACGACGUCUUCUACUAACUGGCACGCCUUUACAAAACAGUUUAAUGGAGCUUUGGUCACUCAUGCACUUCUUAAUGCCCAAUAUCUUCCAAUCCCAUCAAGAUUUCAAAGAAUGGUUCUCCAAUCCUCUCACUGGUAUGAUCGAAGGAAGUAGGGAAUACAGUGAAAGUAUAAUUAAAAGACUUCAUACGGUGCUUCGACCUUUUUUGUUACGCCGGUUAAAAUGUGAAGUCGAACUGCAAAUGCCAAAAAAAUACGAACAUGUUGUAAAAUGUAGACUAUCGAAACGACAAAGGUUUCUGUAUGAUGAAUUUAUGUCUAGAACAAAAACAAAAGAAACACUAGAAGCAGGAAAUUUUCUUAGCGUGAUCAACAUAUUAAUGCAGCUACGAAAGGUCUGCAAUCAUCCUGAUUUGUUUGAAUUACGUCCUGUCUUUUCACCAUAUGUCUUAGGGGAACUUCAGUUUGUGACAGCUUCCAUCAUAAACAAUGCAAUUUCUUACAAUCCUUUAGAGAAUAUAAGUCUUCCUUCAUGGAAUUUUUCACUAGCAGAUUUAGAUUUGACCAUGAGUGCAUUUCAAGCGCACAGGACAAGCCAGUUAAAAGUAAAAAAGGUUUUAAUUGAAGAGUUAAGCAGUAGUUGCAAUAAGAGUAAAGAACUUGUCAGUGAAGAAUUUCCGACACCUCUUCAGCGUAAAUUUCGAACAUCUUCAUCACAAUUUCAACCAUUAGCUAACGUAUCUGAAGAAGUCUUGACAGCUGUUCCAGAAAUGGAGUCAGGACGCAGUUAUUUAGAUGUAAUUAAUGUGAAUAGUAAAACUUAUGGCAGCCAAACUGUGAAUGAUAUAUUGUUGAGGCAAAUUGAAGACUCAAUUGAUAGUUCUGAUAUUGAUGUUGUAAAUGUUGAUGGUGACGAUGAUGUCCUCUUUCAACCAGCUAUGAAAAAGCCAAAAAUAGAAAUCAUUGAAGAUGUUUCUGUUAAAGGGAAAUUACUGGAAGAAUAUAUUGCAGAUGUUGUUUCACCCUUUCAUUUGUCUGGGCUAAAAGAGAAAGCCAGAAACUAUAAAAGCAAUCGUUUAGCACACAUGGCUGCAAUAAAUGAGCGUCACUGUGAUGCAUCACCUGUAUAUGGUUUGGACCUACACAGAGCUGUCCAGUUGAAACAACAUACAAGUAACCGAUUUGUUGGAGCUCUACUGCAUCAAUAUCCCCAUGAUUGUAUGUGUAGUCAUCUUCAGAGCCUUGUGCUUACUCCAACAUGCAGAUUGAAUCAAAGAAAACCCAUAACAGAAAGAUUUUCAUUGUACGUUCGCCCAGUGGUAGCACCGGUUAUUGCAAUGAGAUGUAGUCAUAUGGCUCCAUCAAAAGUUCAAGAAUCGCAAAAUCUUGCCAACACUUUAAACUGUCAGUUAGCCGGAAAAACGGACAUCUUGUUGCCAUCAAUUACACAGUCACUUAUUCAGUUUCCUGAAACUCGUUUAGUGCAAUACGAUUGUGGUAAACUUCAAGCUCUUGAUCAACUACUUAGAGAGCUUAAACAUGGUAAACAUAGAGUUUUAAUCUUCACACAAAUGACGAAAAUGUUAGAUGUUUUAGAGCGCUUUUUAAACUACCAUGGAUAUAUUUAUCUUCGAUUAGAUGGAACCACUAAAGUUGAACAAAGACAGGUUUUAAUGGAGAGAUUCAACCAAGAUAAAAAAAUCUUUGUUUUUAUUCUCUCCACGAGAAGCGGUGGAAUCGGUGUGAACCUUACAGGUGCUGAUACAGUUAUAUUUUAUGACAGUGAUUGGAAUCCAACUAUGGAUGCACAAGCGCAAGAUCGAUGUCAUAGAAUUGGACAAACUCGGGAUGUUCAUAUUUACAGACUGAUUUGUGACCGUACUGUUGAAGAGAAUAUAUUAAAAAAGGCACACCAAAAAAGGUUGUUAGGAAACAUAGCUAUAGAAGGGGGAAAUUUCACUGCAGCAUUUUUUAAACAAGAUUCUGUUAAGGACUUGUUUGAUAUCAAUCAAAAGGAAGAAGUUCAAGAGGAUAAGCCAAUGGUGUUGAAAGAUGAAGUAGAAGAUACUGCUGAAGAAAGUAAUAAAGAAGAAGUAAACAAAGAGCAGAAAAUGGAAAAUAACAAAUAUGAAGAGGUGCUUUCAAAAGCAGAGGAAGAAGAAGAUGUGAAAGCUGCACAAACUGCAAAAGCUGAACAAGAAUCUGAACUUCUGGAGUUCAACGAAAAUGUACCUUAUGCUGAAGCUGGAAAAAAAGAAGAGUCCAAGGUUGAAAAGGCUCUUGCAACGCUAGAAUCAGAGUUAAAACCUAUUGAACUGUUUGCACUGCGGUUUAUGGAAAGUACCAACACCUUCUUGGUAGAAGACGAAGUGGAAGAGGCUGCGAAAAUGCUUCAACAGAAAAAGAAAGACUGGGAACUUGACCAUUUACAAUCUCUAAAAGAAGCAGAGGAGCGCAAAAAUGCAGAAGAAGAAGACGACAUGUUCUUUACGUAUGUCCGUGAUGAAACUUAUGCCAAGCAUUUUGUAGAUGAGUAUACUGGUGUCUUUAUGCCGAUAUGGACACCUCCAACACCACCAAGAGAUGGUGAAACAGACUAUGUUACUGAUCACUGCUUAGCAUUUUUGUAUGAAACAGGAACUAUACCUGAAAACCAUUUGCCUCCCACUCAUUACCUAAAGAAAGGUGGAAUGGAUUUAUAUGCGAUGAAGCGGAACACAAACCGAACACACUAUUUAAGUGUUUUUAAAAAAAAAAGACAUCGUUUAUCCAAAUUCAAAUCGAUUUUUGAUAAGAAGGCACUAGAGUUGCUGAACAAGAACAAGUUGAAGAAAAGUCAGAAGCUAAAACAAAAAGCAAUGACAGUACCAAUUGUUCCAUCUUCAGUCACGACCAGACCAGAUUACUCGCAGCAAGGACCUGAUUGGUUAAUCAAUGAAGACUGGGCACUACUACAGGCUGUCAAUACCAUGUCUGAGUUACCGUUGGAUUUCCAGAACGAACCAGUUCACAGCAAACUAGCAAACUGGGAUUUAGCUGCAGAUAUUGUGAACAGUAUGAGCAGAGUUCGCAGAUCAGCUAGACAGUGUCGUGACAGAUACCAAAAUGUGAUAUUGCUUCGAGAGGAAGGGAAACUUUUAACAACCCCGCAAACAGACUCUACUGACGUGAAGUUAAAGAAGAAUAAGAAAGCCAUACAACAGCUGCAGCCGCCGAAGACUGCUGCACCGCUUCAUCCUCAACAAAAAACACAUCCACAGUUUAACCAGGACCAUGGUAAAAGCGUUCUUAAUAUGCACUAUUCGAAGUUCGAUUCGGUAAAAAAAGCAUCGUUGAAACGUAAACCAACUAUAAAACAACCAAAUGCCGGUAAAUUUCAAGGUUCCAGGCAUGCCCAGGUAUUGGCCACAAAUGGUAUUUCGACAGAUAAAACGUUAAAUCCAAGAGAACUUGCUAAUAUGCGUGCAGAUAGAAUCGCGAAUGAAAAGAAGCAAGCUGCAGCGGCUCAACAACUCCAGCAGCACCAAACUUCAACUGCCAGUACCAACACUAAUUCACAAACACAUUCUACAUCAUCGUUGUCUGGUAGAUCGAGUCAAUCUGCUAACAACUCUGUGGCAACAAACGCUCAGGCAGCAAAGGGCGUGACAGUUGGUAUUGUCCAAGCCUCAAACACCCCAGGAAGUAUUCGAGGCAACUUGGUGUUCACGUCUGCGGGUGGCGCGAGCACGCUGGUUGUCAAUCCAUCUGGCGUUUCUACAGCAAACUCCGGCCUAAGUACUACUGCUGCAUCAUUUGCUGCCAUUAACCGAAAGAUGCAGAACGUAGCACAAAAUGUGGUCUCUAUGGGACAGGUAGCCGCGGGUACUACCGCGGCAAGAAUAUUAAACGCACAAACAGGUCAGUCCACCCAAAUUAUACCUGGCUUGGUACAAUCGAAGACUGCAACUAGUGGCACAUCUGUGGCUGUAAGUGCCACAACAUCAAAUGUAAUAGCUCCCAACCUUGUGGCUCAAGUGCAGAGGGGUGCAACAAUAGCUGGCACAGUUGGAAGCCCUGGAAGUCUAAUAACAACUCAACCAUUCAUACAGGGUAAAGCCCUAACCCAACAACAGAUCGCUAUAUUACGUCAAAAAGCAGCUCAACAACAGCAGCAGCAACAACUUCAAAAGAUACAACAGCAACAACGCAUUCAACAACAAAAGCAGCAGCAACUUAAACUGAUACAACAACAAUCAACUCAACAAGCACAAAUACAGCAAGCCAAUCAAACCAACAAACAAGUUCAGCCAACUAUAGUUGCUACCAGCAACCAACUAGGCAGUCUUACAGUUCAAACGAUGAAAGCACCCGUCACUUUGCGAGGUUCAGUUCCGCAGCAAAUUAUGACCCAGCCACUCACUGCAGCUCAGCAUCAACAACUUCUGCAGCAAGCACUUAAGAAGCAGCAAAUGCAGCAGUUGCAUCGAGGGUCGUUGACAUCCAACUCUCAAAUUCAACAAAUCUUAGCUGGACAGAAACUCACAGAGCGUCAACUACGUCAAUUGCAGGAACAACAAAGACAUUCAGUGCAACAGCAGCAACAGCAACAGAAAUUUCAGCAGCAAGUUACUGCCACUAUCGUGACUCAACCAAAAGCACAGCUUGUGAUGACACAGGUUAAACAAGGGCAGGGAAGUCAAUCCUUGAAGACAGCUGGUCAACAAAUUCAAGUUCAACCACAGGGAUCACUGCCACAUCAAAUCUUGCUGCGUCCUACUCUUACCCAAGGUCUUCCUCAACAAAUCCAACUGCGAGCAAUGAUCAGUCAACAAUCUCCACAACAGAUUCAGCGAGUAAGUGCUGGUCAAACGAUGCAACCUAUGCAGGCUCAGGUGAACUUACAGACGGGUACCGUUGUCAUGCAGCCACAGCAAGUUUCAACUCAACAGUUAACUUCAGCGCAGGUACAAGUUGUGUCGUCACUCGCGCAACAACAACAACGCAACAACAUUCAGGCCGCUGUACAAAAGCAAAUCCAGCAACAACAACAACAACAACAAUCCAAAAUGGCAGCUACUGGCGCGGCCAACGCAUCUACGUCCGCCAAACCUACACAGGUGCAACUCCAACUUCAGCAGAACAGUCAACUUUCGCAACAGCUGCAACGCCAACAAGUGCUAUCAGCAACACCCGCUCAAUUAUCACAGGUUAAAGCUUUCGUGUCUCAAGCUCAACUUCAAGCUUCACUUAGUCGAUCAAAUUCGCCUGUUGGCGCAGCUGUUUCAAACCAAUCCAGUGCGUCCACAUCCGCUGCUCAAACGACAAGUUCACCGCUAACCACUUCAAUUCAGCUGCAAGCCCAGCAGGUGAGUCAGCAAAUGAGAAAUCCUCAACUUGUACAGGUCCAAUUGAAAACAUCAGAAUCAUCGGCGACGUCGCCUUCGCAACAACAACAGUUGAAACAACAACAGCUAAAACAACAAUUGCAGCAACUUCAAGCACAGGCCGUAAAACAGCAACUUCGUCAGUCGCUACCAAUCGUUGUCUCUCAAACUACACCAAUCGUAAAGCAACAAGCAACGCCUCGCAUAGCAACUCCAACUGUCGUCACGGAAACGGCGAAUGUAAAACCGUCAAGUACGUCACAUGUGGAAGUCGAGACCUUAGGUGCUGAGACAGAGUUGUCGACUGAUGAUGGUCAAGAUAAAGGUGACGAUGUCAUGGCAGGAUUACGUGGAAUGCGUACACGAAGCCACAAGCCUUCGUAAACAUUUUAUUUCUUUUAAUUCUAUAUCACCAUAAAUUUUAAAUAAAGUAUUGAUAUAUUAAUCGCCCGUUGCCUAUGCUAAUUUAGUGUGAAAGUGAAUGUCGUAGUGUUGUAUAAUUGGAAUAUAAUUUAUUGCUUUACCAA